CCACUGUCUGCCGGUCUCGCUGCGCGGGGCAGGCGCCUUGGGGUAGGCGUGUUAGGAGCGAGUUACAGUGCAGGGUUGUGGUACAAUUUUUUAUAGCAUUAGUGAACCAUUGAUAUUUGCAAGUCAUGUCCUCUGAAGCUGUAAAAGAAACUGGGAAUAAAAAUGCUGACCAACCGUGCCAGGACAGUGCGUCACAUGGUGACAGCAUAGAUGGCGACAAGCAGAGUUCAGUAGGCACAGACAAAGAAGAUUUUGGUUAUGAUUUGUAUCCUGAAAGACAUGGUGGAAAGUAUAAGCCAGGUUUUUGGGAGCAUAUGCUGCUUCAUGAGGGUGAAAACCUAAGUGAUCAGAUUACUUGUGAGAAAAAUGUCUUCAACUGCUUCAAGAAAAGUUAUGGAGUAAGACUAAUGCUAGAUGCCUUGAAAUCGGCAGGAUGUCCAGUGGAUAUGAGCAGGAAUGUGUCCUGUGAGACAUGUGAACAUAUUGUCACUGGUGGCUAUGACCCUUCCACAAAUCAGAUUGUCGUCUGUCAAAACGUUGCCCGGAAAGAAAGCGUGGUGCAGGGAAUCCUGGUGCAUGAACUUAUACACAUGUUCGACUUUUGCACCAAAAAGGUAAACUUCGAGAACCUUGAGCAUUUGGCGUGCACUGAGAUUCGGGCUGCCAAUUUGACCCACUGCAGUUACGUCAGCUCCAUCUUGCAAGGAGAUUCCAGCCCCAUCAACAUCAAACAGACGCACCAGGACUGCGUCAAGAACAAAGCGGCCUGCUCCCUGGUGGCGGCGCGCGGAAUCACAAAACGCGAGGCCGUCCGCAUAGUGGACCUGGUGUUUCCUAAGUGUUACGCUGACCUGGAGCCCAUCGGCCGACGGGUGCGGCGUAACAGUGAGGAUAUCCGCAGAGCUUACUUGGAGCGGCACAAGUACGGAUACGUGUGACCAACCAAACGGACUAGUCAUUUAUGAGGAGGUAGCCAUUUUUGCAUUGUUACGUGACCAAGAUGCGCCGGAACCGCAGUGGACUUGUGAUUGUCAAUUCUCGUUGAUUGCUCAUUUAUCGUGAGAGACAAUACAAGGUUGUGCAAAUUA